AUGGCGCUCACCGCGCCCUCAAGUUCCCGUCCCGGCCGCCCGGGUCCGCCGCCGCUUUGCCCUCCCUCUCUGGCGGCGUCCAGCGUCCUCACCCCGGUGUCGGAAGAUUCCCUCUCUCCAGAGAGUGCCUCGUCUGUCUACUCGCUCUGCGCCUUCGUGGAUAACACCUGUGCUGCAGCCACACAGUCGGCGGGAAGUCGAAGCGAGGAAGUCGGUGGUGAACCCAUGGCUGAACAGACCUUUUUUCCCGCGUACCCUGUGUCUGAACCGUCCGCUUUCGAUCUGUCCGCCGCCUGCCGCUGCGGUGCUACGCACUCUGCACCGGUCCAGUUGCCCGACGCAUCGCCUCUCUCGUCUCCGGUCAGUCUCGGCCACUCGUUUUCCUCUAACUCAUCGUACCGUCGGUCUCCCCGGCCUCCAAAUUCCCCACACACGCCUGCGAGCGGCCUUGCUGCCGCACUCUCCGCUGCUCAGCCGCCGGCACUUUUCCUCCCGGAUUCUGCGCGAAACGCGAAGCGGAAAACGCGCCUCGACGGCGUGUAUGUACACCCGGACUCGACUCGCCCGUCCAACACCCCCCUCGCGUCCGGGUGUUCCGCAGGCGUUCCGGGGCUCCCUGCCGCCUCGCUUUUUCUUUGCUACACAUUGCCGGAAGAACUGGAGCAACUCUUGCUGGAUCCGACUGCGGUUCCUCCGCAACGAAAGCCGGCGACGCCGCGAGAGUCCCGACCGAAUGGCACUGCCGAGGCCGGCAAGCAGACGACGGAGACCGCUUGUGACAGCCUGUCUCCCGUCGCCCCACACCCUCCAGACACUCCUUCAGAGGCUGUUUGCGAGACCACAUGCGAAGCAGCUGCCUGUGCCAUGCUCGCUGGGGCGGCGCCAGACAGCGGGAGCGAAUCUCCGAACGACUUGGACCCAGAGAGAAACAAUAAGGACGUUCUUCUGGCCGCGGAAGGGAGCUUUAGACGGAGCGAAACGCCUGACGUUGAGCGACCCCCUCCCGGGGGGCCUGCUGCUCGACAGCAGCGGGUUAGCACCGUCCCCCCCCCCAAAUCCAAGUGUCCGGUGGCUGCCUCUGCGGGAGCUCAGGACACAGAGCUGCAUGCUUUUAACUUAAUCACGUCUUCCUGCGCAAGACAGAAGAUCCAUUCUGCGUCUGUCUUUGACUGCUGUUGCUCAGGCUACUCGCUUGGAGCAGAAGCAAAAGACUCUGACGUCUCUUCUGUGGCGCAGGUGCGGCCGAGGGCCGAUUUCCUCUCCGCCACUGCCACAGACGACCAAGGCACCAGAAGCGUCGUUUUAGACGCCGCCGACGAGACGAAGGCUCUGGACUCCUCUGAGAGAGAGCGACUCCAGUGCAACUCGAUUAUUCUGCUUUCGCGGUGGACCCGGUACGCAGAGGUGGCCUCAAGCUUUACCCCCGCGUCGGGGGUCUCCUCACGGGCCUCGCCGGUGUCCCAGGGCGCGCCGAGUGCGUCCUCGGCGCGGUCUCCGACUCGAGCCGCUGGCAAGCGCCGCUCGAAGGAAAGGGAAAGAAAUUCGACGUCACCGGGACUCGCUUCUCACGCGGAGGAAGAGAGAGUCGCAAACAAUUUUGCCCUCGAGCUGCCUCUCAGUCCACAGGUGCCACAGGCCCCCGAGCCUUCCUCGCACCCCCUCGGAGUCCUCAUGAAGCACUUGGACCAGCUGUGCCCGGCGGAGUUUCUUCUUCUCGCCAAAUACGUCAAAGACAGGCUGCCGUUCGCCGUACAAGCGGUCCUCCACGACCAAGCAAGCGAAGACCCCUCGGACCACAACUGGAACGUGAACGCGUUCUUCGAUCUCCCGGCUUUGGAGAGGGACUUGAGUGAAGCGCCGCUUCAGCCGGGGGUCUCCGCUCAAAUCCAGGGAGACGCCCCAGAGAGGCGUAGCACUGCGACCCCCGCCGCGAAGGAGGCCGCAGUCAAGAAGCAAGCAGGUUCUUUUUUCAGGGAGGCGCAUCCCUCGCUAGCACGACGCUUCCCGGUGUCGCGUAGCGACUUGGAAAAGGCCGAGCGGUUCGGCAGCGACGUCAAGGUCGAGCGCGGAGUGGGCUGGCUGCCCACGCCCCGAAUCCGGAGCGCGUCGCAAGUCUCGGAAGAUCGUGAAGAGCAGGGCGAAAUGGGAGAAUCUGGGGGAGUGCGGGGAUGUCGAGGCGCGCAGAGCCGUCUGGAGUUCAAUUCUGCAGGACGUCACGGCGUGGUGGCUCCCGACUUGCCGGACGCAGGCGCCGACGCACUCUCGGGAGCGAUGGAGGAAUUGCAACAGCAACUCUGCGACCUCCAGAUUCGGACGGGCGCGACGCCGGCGUGUGUGGCUGUGCCCGCGGCUCCGCCCCGCCGCUCUAGGGGGCUGAAUCCGCAUGCGCCUCCGUUCCGGAGCAUGAGAGCCGCGCACCUGUCUCCGGGUUUCGUCCCGCUCCCGCUAACCGCCUCGCCUGUGAUGGGCGCGAGCGGCUCCGCGGCCCUGAUUCUGCCUCGCUGCCCCGCGUCGGUCUCAGACGCGCAUGCAGAGUCAGUCUCGCUGCGGCUCUUCCCAGGCGCGGCAGACUCGGCCCGCGGCGGGUGCUCGAAGGAGCAGCUAGGCUCGGGGGCUGUUGACUGCGCGCGGGUGUGGAAGAGCGAAAACAGUGGAGGUAGGCGGGACGAGGCGUGGGGAGCAACAUUCGCGGAACCUAGGGACAUAGAAACUGACGAACUGGAGCUGAUGCGGGCCCUUGGACUCCCCACUCAGUUCGCGUCUUCGCGGAAGACCACGCGCCAACGCAAGCCACACAGAGAGGCCAAAACCGCCUGUGAAGCCUCGCCGCCGGCGCCGCUUUCUCUUCACGGCUCCGACCCGACGGCCUCAUGGGGCGGGCUGGAGCCGCCAGAGACGCAGGCGACGGCUACCGGGGUAAAUGCGGAAUUCGAUGGCGCUUUCGAGAGAGACCAGGCUGGCAUGAGACCCACUCGAGCUGGAGACGAGCGGAGGAGGAAGUGCGGGUGCGGGACUCUGGCGGAAGCAUGCAGACAGUUUCGACAAGACUCCGCAGUGCAAAGCAAGUCCAACUGGUGUGGCAGGCGCGAGGCGCCCCUGAGGGGGACGCCUGCGGUUUCCUCCGACUUGGCUCUCCCGCCCGGCUACGACAGCGUCGGCAACACCACAGACUCUUCGUACUACAGACUGCGCUACACGCUUUUCCACAAGUACGACGAAGGAAUGCUGCUGGACGAGAACGCCUGGUUCGAGACGACCGUCGAGUGCAUUGCAGCGUACCUCGCGUCCGUGCUCCGUGAGGUGUCUGUACACGCCAGAAUGCAGAGUCCGCCAGUCUCAGGUCUUUCGACUUGGAGAACGCCGAGGCCCAACGCACGGGUAGCUCUUGACUCAGAGGAUCUGCUGUCUGCGAAGAGUGAACGAGCGCCUUGCGGCCAAGCCAGCAAGGCCAGCAGUUCAGAAAGUUGUGUCCGCAGAUCCGGGAGUGAACUUGGAAACAACGCGUCUGGUGAGCGCGCUGUUCUGAGGCCGGCGAUCACGGAAGGGCGCUCGGAUGCUGUGCCAGCGGAGGAGGGCAGAGAGUCAACCACGCUUCUGGGGGACUCUCUGGGCGAAGCCGAUGGGAAUAGCGGCUGUCAAAGAACAGUUAAAAGACGAGCUGAAGAAACAAUCGGGUCCGACGACGAGCCGCCACCUCUUCCUUUAGUGGCAAUGGAUGGCUGCUGCGGAGCGGGCGGAAAUGUGAUUCAGUUCGCGCGGUUUUUUGAUGCAUGCGUCGGCGUGGACUGCGACCUCGUGAAAGUGGCCAUCUGCAAGCACAACGCCUCGCUGUACGGGGUCCGCGACCAGGUGUACGUACACCACAACACGUUGGCUGGCUGGCUGCGGGAGCGGCAGGCAGCGCGGCGCGAGCUUGAGCGAACGCGGCAUCUGUCGACAGACGACUCGAGCGACGAGCAGACAGAUUUCAACGAAGGCGUAGACAGUCUCCGUUGCUUCUGCUGCAGAGAGUUCUCCCGCGUAAAGUGCCCAUUCUGCGUGGGCCAAGCAGAAGCGGCGGCGUCCGGGUCGUGUGCGUUUUUCUGCGAGAAAGAGCGCCGCAACGAGAGGCUCUUUCGAGAGGCAUUGGAGGCUGUUAACGCUUCCCUCAUCUCUGGGGAGCUGGCGCCGUCGCGUCCCCUUUCCCAACGAGGCUCGCUCCUCACAGACAUCGCGUGGUGCUUCAUGUCCCCGCCGUGGAGCGGGCCGAGCUACUCAGGCCGACGGUCCUUCCGUUCGCAGCUCUUCUCCGUGGCGGGUGGUCAAGAUGGAGGCGGUGGAGUCGGUUCUGCGCACAUUCCCUCGCUCGUCAAAGCAGCGGCACGGAUCGCCCCCAACGUUUGCCUCUUCCUGCCGCGGUCGACGAACGUUCACGAACUGGCGGCCUUGGCUGUCGCCCUUCGCUUCCCCCUCCUCGAAGUUGAGGUCCUGUACUCUCACUUCAUUGACAGAACUUCUGGCGACCAGUCCCGGUCUCUUUUCCCGAAGGUCGGUUCUCACUUGCCCCGCUGA